ACUGACCACUGGCGUUAAAGCACGACUCAUUUUGUUGUCAGACAACCGUUAGUUAAUCCUAUUCAAAACUCUCUCCUCUAUUCAACGCGAUGCUAUUUUACACCACAUACACUACACAGUGGCUUGACUUGCCUCGCCUGAAUCUUGGCUGUAAUGUAAUCUGAAUAUGUAAUGAGAAGUCUGUCAGAGGCGACUGACGUCCCAGGAGGAAUAUUAAAACAGGGCCGAUGACUACGAAUUCAUGUGCCUUAGUUUAAUCUUUUUAAUAGCGUAAUUCAGUUUCAAUGGACGAAGAAUAUCUGGGACCCGGGAACAUGGACAACAACCUCCAGCGUUUAAAACAAGAACUGGAUUCUUUGUGGCAGUCAGAUGAGGGUCUUCACACUCUGAAUUCUGUGAUUGGUGCUCUCCAGGAACUCAAACUCUUACAAGUCCAGACUGCACUGGAAAAGCUGGUUUUCUCCAGCAAACCCAGUCAGAUCUCACCACUCACCAGUGCUCCAAACACACAGAUCCUUGAUCAAAACAAAAGCUCAAGUGGAUCCAAUCUGAACCAAACCCAAAAUCAAGAAAAUCUAUGUUACAAGAAUGAGUUUGGCAUGGACUCAUCUAUAUUCCUCACAAGUUCUCCGUUAGAGAACCGCAAUAUCCCCAGGGCACAGGCACCCAUGAGGAUCAAGCACAGAGGAAGUCUAAGCACUUCCUCUUCAUUCUCCAGCUCUCAUGAAGACACACUCGACAGUCAUUUCUCUUCAUAUGACAACGACGACUCCACCGACUGGACUGCCUCAUUGAUGAACCACAGUAGGAAUAGACAGCCAUUGGUGUUGGGCGAUAAUGCUUUUGCUGAUUUGGUGGGGAACUGGCUGGACCUGCCAGAUGUUGGAUAUCAGACAACAGGUGAGGAGGUAGAUGACUCAAGCCUCAAAGACACAUCCAUUGAGUCAUCACCUACCAGUCAUUCUCAGGAGCUUUCCAGACGACUCUCUUUAACUGCUAACAUCUUCAAACGUGUUUUACGCCGCGCUCGACCAGGAAGAGGUAAACCGCAGGACUGCCCUGGACAGCUUCACCAAGGGAGUGAGGGGAUGGAGGUCUUUAAACAACCAAAGAUUACAUGCAGGAAACCAAAGGGCAAUGCAAGCAAACCAUUCUGGGCGAGAACAAGAGGACUGAGGAAGAAAACCACACCCAUCCAGCAGGAGGGCGUGGCCUGCCAGAGCUCAGGUGGUCUGAUAUGGCCAGAAACUGUAGACAAACAUCACCAUGUGUUUGAUUACAGCUCAGCUGUGUGGGUCUAAGAUACCGACAUAGAAUACAUGAAUACAUUGUUAGACAACUGAUGGGCUUUAUGAGUAAAACGACGAACAAAGUCCUUACACUACCAUGGAGGAGUUUAAAGAAAUAAGGAAAAGAAAAACAAAACAUGUUUUGUCAUUUGGCUUAAGUUACAGUUGCACUCUAGAAGUUACUUAUUCAGCCUGAUCUCACUGGAAUUCGUAACUAUUUUAUGAGGUGGCAACUUCGUAUCAAUUCGUAUGAUGUGAAUCGUACAAAAACGUAUGAUUAUUAGAAAAAUUGAAUACUGAAGCCCCUCCCCUAACCCCACCCCUAAACCUAACGUCACUGGCAUGAAAGCAAAUAAAACGUAACAAGAUCAUACGAAUUAGCCAAUAAAGAAAAAUAUUUAUGAGUUGCCAUGAGAUUGUGUUGAUUUACUCCAAAGAUAUGUUGAUUUAAGUUUUCUGGGAUGGAUUUAUAUUCUUUCAUUGACUAUUGACCAUGACAGAGCUAUGAGGACAGGAAAAAUAUUAAUAAAAUCAGACUGUAUUAGCAUUUUAAAUUUGCUUAGGCUCAUUGACAUGCUGUUUCUGCAGAUGUUUGUUUUCAGUCUGGUAGUGCUUUAGUAGUAUGCCAUACUGUCAAUCACUCAGCUAAGUCUUGAUUGGUGCAUUUUUCACAAACCUGAUGCAAAAAAAAACAUUGCAGGCAAAUUUUUUUCUACUGCCCAUAAAAAAAACAUGCAAUGACAACUAUGCAAAAUAUUUAUAAAAAGUGGCCAAGUGCAAAUACCCUUAUCAGCAUGUUCAUGUUCUCAUUUAUAUCUCUUUGUCCCCCUGUGAUGUAAUAAAUUAUGUCUAGUUUCAAACAUCGGUUUAUAUAUAAGAGAGUAAUAACACUGAAGACACAGAAUCUAAAAGUACAUGACUCAUUUCUCCACAUUAUGAGUUGUGCUCUUACACUUUUUUUGUUCAACAGUAAAUGCAACAUGUUAGCUGGUAUGCAGCAUCAUAAGUAUAAAUUGGCCCGUUCUUCAUUUGUAAGUCACAUGGAAUAAAAGUGCUUGCAAAAUGAAUAAAUCUGGAUAAAACAGCUGUAUUGUAUGUAUAUAAAUUGAGACAAGU